ACAAGUUAACAUCAGCUGGUGGACUUGGCGGCGGCGGUGAUAGAUUAGUGCUCAAAAUGUCCCAUUUUUCUGUCUGACAUUCAACUACAGUUCGGUACGGCUUCAUAUAAGUGUUCAGAAUAUGGAAAGACUGGAAUAUUAGAAGAAACUUGCAAAAAAGCUAUGUAUGUAAUGUGUAAAGGUGCACAUAGCUAAGCACCAUGGGAGUCACUUCAAUGUGCUGCCUGGCCUCCCGAGUGUGGGUAAGGCACCUGAAGACCCAAGCUGCCUGCCAGCUGCCCCGGGGAAGUUACUUCCGGCCUGAAGGUAAAGCCUCAGCCAAGAUUGUGGUGCCGCUAGCAGAGGAGAAUUUGCUGAAGAUAGCAGGAAACAGCUUGAGACAAACACAACUUUUAGAAAUCACCAAGGAAAGUCACCCAAGGAAAACUGAGCCAAAAUCUAUUGGUCUUAAAGAAAAGGGCAAGAAGGCAACUCCUCCUCUCCUUCCACCAGUCACUGAGGACACCCAGUUCCAGCGCCUUGCUGAGUCUGUCACUCCCCUUUGUGAGGUUCCAUAUUUCAAGCAACUUGUGAUAAAAGAGCAGGAAUGCAAGAAGGUCCUUAAGGAACUGGGCAACAGGUUGUCUAAGGCUGGGAUGCCCCUACAGAGGAACUUCAAGAAGCUGCCUUGUGUCCUUGAGCCCACCAGACCUUCACCAGAGUUGAUUGGAUACCGCAACAAAGAUGAGUUUGGGAUCCACUUUGGUGUUGAUGGCAAUCCCAAAACUGUUGGUUUUUUCGUGGGGCGACCCUUAGACCCGGAGAUGGUGUGUGUGCCACCCACCUUCCUCAUUAACAUGAGGGAGAAGCACAAGCAGAUUGCACAGAGUUUCCAAAAGUUCAUCCGUCAGUCUCCCCACGAAGCCUGCCACCGCUUUGACAAAGGCGGUGUGUGGCGAAACCUGGUGGUGCGCUCCACUGCCACAGGGGAAAAGAUGGCCUCUGUCAUCAUCCACCCUCAGCAGCUGCCUGAAGACACCAUACAGGAAAUCAUGGAAGAGUUGCGCCAGUACUUCAUCAACGGGGAAGGUUCUGAGUGUGAGCUGGACUCCUUGUACCUCCAGGCUUGCCCACACACACGCUGCACUCGAGAGCAGGCACCAUACCGCUUGGUGGCUGGCAAGGAGUGUAUCACAGAGACCUGCCUGGAUCUCUACUUCCAGAUCUCACCAGACUCAUUCUUCCAGAUCAACACAAAAGGAGCUGAGGUUCUGUAUAGCACUGUGAAGGAAAUAGCAGAAGUCUCCCCAGUCACCACAUUACUGGAUAUUUGCUGUGGCACAGGUACAGUGAGCCUGGCCAUGGCACCACACGUCCGGAGCACCAUUGGCAUUGACAUUACCACUGGGGCUGUUGAGGAUGCCAAGAAGAAUGCCGCUCUCAACAACAUCAACAACACCAUCUUUAUUGCCGGCAGAGCUGAGAAGGUGCUGCCCCGACUGACAGAUGAACUUGCCCAGUGUUCUGAUGUAGUCGCUGUUGUCAAUCCUGCCAGAGCUGGUUUGCACCCUCAAGUGAUCCGCACUAUCCGGAAAUGUGAGGCGAUCCAGAAGCUGAUCUAUGUGACCUGCAAGCCUGACGGGUUUGCUAUGGAGAACUUUGUGAAGCUUGGCUCAAAGAAAAUUAAGUCACCCAAGGCUAGAAAUACUAUUCCCUUUAUCCCCAAGUAUGCAGUACCUGUAGACUUGUUUCCCCACACUAGCCACAAUGAACUGGUCAUGCUGUUUGAACGUGCAAAAGUGUAAGGGAGGAUAGAAAGGGAGGCAGGGAGAGAGACAGUGACAAGCUUUCCCUCAGUCAUGAAGUGCAGUGCUGUAGAAUUGUUGGUAAAUACAUGAGUUGAAUCC